AGCCUAACAGGAAGCUCCUAGCAAGGGAGGAACGUGUCUGCAGAGGCCCCUCCCCAGCACACCACGGAAGGACUUGAGGCUGAGACAGAAACCCAGCCGUGAGGUCUGAGCUAACUGGGGCGGCAGGGUCAGCAGGGAGGGCCGAGCAGAGAUGGGCUGAGACUCAGCCAAGGAUGUGAGGAAUGCAAGGGAGGCUGCCUGGAGACAGGAGGGAGGAGGAGCAGUCAGAGGUGACCUGUUGAAUCUGGGGACGAUGAAAAUACAUGGUGGCAUCACGAACAGAAAGCAUGGGCAAGGGGGACGACCCACUCAGGACGAGGGCAUGACAGAGCUUGGCCGUAGACAGACUGAGGUUGGAGGAACAUCCUUCAUUCUAAUGGCAACUGGCAAUGCACACAGGUUUUUGGAUAUAUAGACAAAGCUUGGGAGGGAGAGCCUGCCCUCUGUCAAAGUGACAAGAGUCAGUGGGAUGGAGUGGACUGGGAGCAGAGCGCCACCGAGGACAGGCCUAUGGGAAUGCCUACACUCGGGGGGCAUAGGGGCAGGCAGAUGGCAGGAGAACUAGGCCAGGGCAGGGUCACUGAGGCCAUGGGGACCGGACUCGGGAAGGAAGGGGUCGCUUCAGGCUGACUCACAUCCUUCAGAGACGUCAAGGAGGAUGAGAACCAAGAAAAGGCUAUCGGCCUUGGCAACUGUGAGGUCACAGGUGACCUCACAUCGUGCCCUUGCAGACGUCAUCCUCUCGGUCUUGCAGAGCCCUGCCUGCUGUCACCCGCAGGCCCAGCCCUUGCCCCUAGGGAAGCCUCCUUCCCCAGUGAACCCUCUCAUUCAUUUCUUUCCUCGAUGCUCCCCAGACGCCUUGCUUCUCAGUUUGUGCUAUUUGAAUUUGCACUUGUCAUCCUGUUGCUCUGCAAAUGUGUUUAUCAGUUAUUUCACCUCCCUGUGCUUCUGAGCCCUCAUAGCCAACACAGGCGGUUUCCUGUAAGUGUUGGUGACUGUGACUGACAGUCAGAGGAAAGAUUUAUGAAAUUAACCAGAACAAAUCUGUGAGGAAUCUCAUAAGCAGGAGGAGCCGAUUUCCAGCUGGAUUCAGGAGCAGAACUGGAGUCGGCAGGGCAGGCGCAGUCAGGGCCCAAGGAAGGAAAGCGACGCGCUCUGUUUGCUCCGAGAUGGACGGGUACCCCGUGACGGUCUAGGCUGUGGUUGCCCCAGAUGUCAUGGAAGGCUGCGGUGAGGAGGGCCUGGAGGGGCAGCAUUAAAAAUGGGUCAGAACUCAUGCCUGUAAUCCCAGCACUUUGGGAGGCAGAGGCAGGCAGAUCACCCAAGGUCAAGAAUUCACGACCAGGCUGGCCAACGUGGUGAAACCCCGUCUAUACUAAAAAUACAAAAAUUAGCUGGGCGUGGUGGUGCGCACCUGUAGUCCCAGCUACUCAGGAGGCUAAGACAGGACAAUCACUUGAACCCGGGAGGCGGAGGUUGCAGCGAGCCGAGAUCACGCCACUGCACUCCAGCCUGCGUGACAGAGACUCCGUCUCAAAACAUGAAAAGGAUCAGAAGUGGUCCCUGAGCUCUAGGAGAGGAGCAAGGCCUGGGAAGAGCAUGAGGUUGGAAUCCCGGGCAAGUUACCCAGCCUCUCUGAGCCUCAGUCUCUUCAUCUGUCAGGUGAGGUUAAUGAUACCUUGGCGGAGAAGGAAUGAAUGGGAUUGUGUGAACAGGUCCGUGAGGGGGGCUCAGCACUUGUUGGUUCCCUUCUAAGGAGUGAUGACAAAUAGAAAAGCAGGACCUGAAUAGCUCACUCAAACCUGGAGGAGUUCACAUAAAAUGAAAUGACACAAGCAUUGAAAUAAUUGUCUUACAAGAGAAAAUUAUAGGUGGGAAAAGUCAAAACUGAAAAGUGAACAGUGGCAGACUGUCGAGAAGUUGAGGAAAGAAGUGUUGAAGCCGACUGUAAAGUGGGAAGCAAAGGUGAAGAGAUGGUACCAAGUGACGCGAGUUGGAAGCCGCGGAGUGCGGGGCUGAUUUUGCUAAGCAUCCAGAGGAUGAGAAGCGCAAAGCACGUGUUCUGCCAGGGCCUGGACGGUGGAGUGCAAGUCCAUGUAAGACUCAGGAGGAAAAGAGGUAGAACAUGGAAAGAAUCGGCAUCGAAGGAGGCUCAGCAGAGUCAUGAGACGGAAAAUGGGGAGGGCAAAGGGAAAUUCAAGACGGGCAGGGAGAGCUUCCAGCACCUGUGACGGGCACAGGAGGAGCGCUCGAUUAAAUGGCGCCCAGCCAUCUUGUGAAAGGCUCAGGUCUGAGACCGAAAACUGCGACAUAAACCUUUAGUUCUGAGGGACCAGUUUCUGGGGCUGUUGAGCAGCAGAGGAAAGGGAGAUAAAGCCAGUAGGUGAGAGACGAGCUUGGAGGAGGUGACUGCUAUUGCAGAUAGAAUUGGUGGAGAGGCCCCUGGGAAGAUGAAUCCUCGGGUCACAGACGGGCACUCCGCGAUGGAGACGGAGCAUAGCAUUUGGAGAUUUCAGGAUGAUGAACAUAGCCUCAUACUUCUUGCUUCCCACAAAUGCAGAAACCCUUCCAUCCCUGACCCCCCCACCCAAAAUAGUAUUCAGGUGGAAGCUGUCAACCCAGAUUGGGUCAGUUAACAGGUGAGUCUGCCUGUCAGUGCCAGUCACACUUCUUUACCUUCAAGACUUCAAAGUAAAUUCCAGUUUGGAAGUGACAGCUUUUCCCCAUAGGGUGUGUUUCAGUGGAAGAGCGUCAGUUCCGUUUCCAGGGCCCCAGAGCCCUCCAUAAGCUCUGUUGCCUUCUGGGUCAGUUCCCGUGGAUAAAAGGCUUAGCCAUGCAGGAAUGUGCUCUGGCUGCUGUGAGGUUUGCAGAUCAGUCUCACGGACCUGUGCCCUGCCCACGGCCUCAGAACAAGUUCCUGUGAGAGGAGACCCAGCAGUGGGCAAGACCGCCCUGGCGCAGAUCUUCCGCAGUGACGGAGCCCAUUUCCAGAAGAGCUACACCUUGACAACAGGAAUGGAUUUGGUGGUGAAGACAGUGCCAGUUCCUGACACGGGAGACAGUGUGGAACUCUUCAUUUUCGACUCUGCCGGCAAGGAGCUGUUUUCGGAAAUGCUGGAUAAAUUGUGGGAGAGUCCCAAUGUCUUAUGUCUCGUCUAUGAUGUGACCAGUGAACAGUCCUUCAACAACUGCAGCAAGUGGCUGGAGAAGGCUCGGGCCCAGGCUCCAGGCACCUCUCUCCCAGGUGUUUUAGUUGGGAACAAGACAGACCUGGUCGGCAGGCGAGCAGUGGACUCAGCUGAGGCCCGGGCAUGGGCGCUGGGCCAAGGCCUGGAAUGUUUUGAAACAUCCGUGAAGGAGAUGGAAAACUUCGAAGCCCCUUUCCACUGCCUGGCCAAGCAGUUCCACCAGCUCUACCGGGAGAAGGUGGAGGUUUUCCGGGCGCUGGCGUGAACAGCUGGAGCAGAUCGUGCUGCACAACCGGAGAAGACAGAAUUACCUCUGCACUUUUAAUGUAUAAUGACGGCUUUAAAUAAAAUGAGGAGAAAAUGUC